AUGGCCGCGGGAGCCGGGACGGUGGGCCCCGCUUCCGGCCCGGACGUCGUGCGUGAUCCGGCGGCGUCACAGUCGAGGAAGCGGUCCGGUCGGGAGGGUGGGGAGGGUGCGCGGCGGACGGACGGGAUGGCGGGAGGAGGCGGGAGCAACGACGGCACCGGGCGGGCGGCAAGUCGGCGGGCGUCCCGCAGCAGCGGGCGGGCUCGACGGGGGCGUCACGAUCCGGGGCUGGGGGGCGCCGCGGAGCGGGGCGCGGGGGAGGCACGGCUGGAGGAGGCUGUGAACCGCUGGGUGCUCAAGUUCUACUUCUACGAGGCGCUGCGGGCCUUUCGAAGUAGCCGGUACGGGGACUUCAGGCAGAUCCGGGACAUCAUGCAGGCUUUGCUUGUCAGGCCCUUGGGGAAGGAGCACACCGUGUCCCGGCUACUGCGGGUGAUGCAGUGUCUAUCGCGCAUUGAAGAAGGGGAAAAUUUAGACUGUUCCUUUGAUAUGGAGGCUGAGCUCACACCCCUGGAAUCAGCUAUCAAUGUGCUGGAGAUGAUUAAAACGGAAUUUACACUGACAGAGGCAGUGGUGGAAUCCAGUAGAAAACUGGUCAAGGAGGCUGCUGUCAUAAUUUGUAUCAAAAAUAAAGAAUUUGAAAAAGCUUCAAAAAUUUUGAAAAAACAUAUGUCCAAGGACCCCACAACUCAGAAGCUGAGAAAUGAUCUCCUGAACAUUAUCCGUGAAAAGAAUUUGGCCCACCCUGUUAUCCAGAACUUUUCCUAUGAGACCUUCCAGCAGAAGAUGCUACGCUUCCUGGAGAGUCAUCUGGAUGAUGCAGAGCCCUACCUCCUCACGAUGGCCAAAAAGGCUCUGAAAUCUGAGUCUGCUGCCUCAACUACAGUGAAGGAAGAUAAACAGCCAGCACCAGAGCCUGUGGAAAAGCCACCCAGAGAACCCGUGAGGCAGCUACGGAAUACUCCAACCACCUUUGGAAUUAUGACUCUGAAAGCAGCUUUUAAGACUUUGUCCGGUUCACAAGAUUCUGAGGCGGUCUUCUCAAAACUGGACCAGAAAGAUCUGGUACUUCCUAAUAAAGCAUCCCCACCAUCACCAGCCCUCAAAAACAAGAGACCGAGAAAAGAUGAAAACGAAGGUUCAGCGUCUGCUGAGGGAGAGGGUGGCUCUGAACUGCAGCCCAAGAACAAGCGUAUGACAAUAAGCAGAUUGGUUUUGGAGGAGGAUAGUCAGAGUACUGAGCUGAGCCCAAGCCUCAACUCCUCUCAGGAAGUCAUUCCAGCAUCACCGUCCAAGCCUGCGGUUCUCAACCAACCCCUCCCUAGGGAGAAGAAUCCCAAAUUACCCAAAGGCAAGUGGAACAAUUCUAAUGGGGUUGAAGAAAAAGAGACUUGGGUAGAAGAGGACGAACUGUUUGAUGUUCAGGCUGCACAAGAUGAAGAGAGUACAACCAAUGUAACAAAAAAGCAGAAGUGGACUAUAGAAGAAAGCGAGUGGAUCAAGGCUGGAGUGCAGAAAUUUGGGGAAGGAAACUGGGCUGCCAUUUCUAAAAAUUACCCAUUUAUUAACCGAACAGCUGUGAUGAUUAAGGAUCGCUGGCGGACCAUGAAAAGACUUGGCAUGAACUGAAACAAGCUUUCAUUUCCACAGAAGUCACAGGAGCAUGGUUCCUAAUAAUAGCCCCGAUAGUCUGCUCUUUCUUUCAGAAGCUGGGCUGGGAUGAAAAUUUUGGGCAUCCUCCUCUGAUAUGGGGGAGGUCCCAAUUCCACUUCAUCACUGUUGAAGAUCAUGGAGCUGAAAGACAAAGCCAAGUCUACCCCAUGUCCUUGGCAGAGACAACAGGCAGACAGCUUGUACAGUGCCAGAAUAUCACUAGUAUUUCCCUUCUGCAGUGGUUUGCUUGAAUUUAAAUCCCCGGUAAUCAGUAGAACCUUCUCCUAGGAAAUGGUGGAGUCUGUUAGGAGCACUGUGACUCCAUGACCUGUUAAAGCCAGCAACAUGAGCAUUAUUUGGAGUGAACUUGAUCCAGAUAAAGCUUUGGCCUUCUGGUGCAAAUGCAAAGAAACUUCUUCUGUCGUGAGCCCAGGCUGAUAAGAGACCAGUCCUGGUGGAAUCGGGGUCCCUUUAAAAACUGUUUAGCCUGUUGUGACAUCAACACCUAGACCUAGUCUUGGCAUUUGCUCUUAAUAUUAGCUGGGCUACGUAGGCAGGUUUAACCUCCACUUCUCAUGUGGUUGAACCAGUGUGUUUUUUGGUGAUUGUAGAUAUGCUUAGCCCCUCCCCCCAUUCACUCUUCCCAAUUCCCUUCCUUAUGCUGGACUUUUAAGGCUUAAAAAAAAUCCUGAUUGAAUAUAAAUGCCUAAUUCCAUUCUUUGUGAAAUGGUUGCUUCCACUUGAUUCCCUAAUUGUGCUGUGUUAGUGUCUUGCACUGGAAUUCAACAUUUCCUUCUCCUUUUGUACCGUAUUGUGCUUGUUGUCUCUCUUGGACAUCCUUAAAGACUGUCUUUUUAGCAAAAAAAAAUUUCAGUAAAGUGUUUUCUGUAAUCAUUUUUUAAAAUUUGAGAACUAAUUACUGUCCAUAACUUGUAGCAUUCUUCAUUAAAGUCUUGCUUCUCUCAAAUUUAAGUAGCUGUUUAAUUGCAGCAUAGCAUGUAUGAACACAUGGAGGUAGCAAAAUGUUAAACAAAUUUUGCUAAACUACAUUGAUUGUUAAAAAGCUGAUGUCAAUCUGUAUUGGAUAUUCUAAUCCUUGGAAGCUAUGUCGAACCCUUUUUCUCUUUUGAGUGCAAGAUGUAAAGAAAUGCUAAAGUUUUCAAAUUCAUCCUGUAGUUAUAAGUUGGAAACUUUGUACAGCUUUAUUACCUAUUAACUACAUGUUUUGGUACUGUUGUUUUUCUGUCAAUUAACCCCAAAUGAAACUACAGUGAGAACGUGAUCUCUCAAUACAGCCGCCUCCUCUUCAUCUGGUUGCACCUAGUGUGGUCUCCCUCUCAACUGGGUUCGGCUCCAGAAGCUUUUCUCCCUAACUCUCACUUCAUUGAUAGGGCGCUCUCUGGGUAGAAGAGAGACACUGUGAUGCAUUUAGGGAAGCCAAAUAUACUAAUCAGUGUUUCCUAAAUUUGAAAAAUACACAGGUUCAUUAACAUUU